CAACAAAAGCCGUGUCGCUCGCCGUGCCCGGCCGUGCCGCGCACUGCCGAGUGCCGCUGCCGGUUGUCUCUGUCACUUAUGGUUAUGAUCCGGUUAUGUUUUGUUGUUUUGUUGAAGUUGUCAUUUGAAUGAACGAAGUCAGAGUUUAAUGAGUUACAGUUUUUAAAAAUUCACUUAGGUGUCAAGAAAGUCUCUCUCUAUAAAGAAUCUUUAAUUUCUAGUACAUUCAAAGAUAACAAUGGGUAUAGGUAUGCCUGAACAUCAAAAUGGAGGUGAUGUUGACUGCUCAGUACUGCCACCACCGAUAGCAGGACUACCUAAAGAGGAAACUCUUCGUCAUAGACUGGAGCUUCUCAGAGAUCAUUUUUGUACCAAAUUUAAAUCUGAGCCUACACUUUACCUCCGGAUCCCAGGUCGAGUAAAUCUCAUCGGCGAGCAUGUGGAUUACUGUGGCUACCCUGUGUGUCCAAUGGCCUUACAACAGGACAUCCUCAUUGCAUUUCGCCCAACAGAACUUCACACUUUCCUGACGAUAAUCAACCAGGACAUUGAUAACUACAUUGAAUAUUCAACUGAUUCCCGCAACUUCAAGUUCAGCCUAGAGUCGACUGGUUGGGCCAGUUAUAUAUUGUGUGGAGUGCGAGCGAUCAUGGAGCUGUUGUCCAGCAAAGGUCAAACUCCAGUGUCUAUGCAGAUGGCUGUCACAGGCAACAUCCCUCCAGGCUCUGGUCUCUCUAGCUCCAGUGCACUUGUGUGUGCUGGUGUUCUUGCCACUGCUCUGGCAAACAAGCUGGAACUAUCCAGAACGCAGUUGGCAACUUUGAGUGCCGAGGCUGAACACUACAUUGGCACAGUGGGCGGAGGCAUGGACCAGGCGAUCAUCUUCCUUGCCUCUCAAGGAUGUGCCAAGCUGAUAGAGUUUAACCCAAUAAGAACAAGGGAAGUGAAUCUGCCAGCCGGAGGCGUGUUUGUGGUGGCUCAUAGUCUUGUCACCAAGAACAAGGCGGCCAGCAAUGACUUCAACACCAGAGUUGUUGAGUGUCGUCUUGCUUCUCAGGUAUAUACAAACACAGAGUUUAAUCUGAUAAGAACAAGGGAAGUGAAUCUGCUAGCCGGGGGCUUGUUUGUGGUAACUCAUAGUCUUGUCACCAAGAACAAGGCGGCCAGCAAUGACUUCAACACCAGAGUUGUCGAGUGUCGUCUUGCUUCUCAGGUUUUAGCCAAAAACAGAAACAUUCCAUGGGAAAAGUGUUUGAGAUUGGCAGAUUUCCAAACAGCUGCAGGCAUGAAGCUUGAUGAAGUUAUUAAACUAGUAAUUGAAGUUUUACACGAAGCUCCUUAUUCAAAAACUGAGAUAUGCAAGAUUCUGGAGGUUUCUGAAGAGGAGCUGAAUGAUCUAACCUUAACACCAAAUACAGAACAUGUUGAAGAGUUCAAACUGUUCCAAAGGGCUAUGCAUGUCUUUCAAGAGGCAGAGAGGGUGGCCCAGUUUACAGCCAGUUGUGGUGGAGAUGGGACGCUGACCUUCCUUGGACAACUCAUGUCGCAGUCUCACAGCAGUCUGCGUGACCUGUACCAGUGCAGCCACCCACAGUUGGAUAGGCUGGUCAGUGUGGCCACCGCGGCUGGUGCUCUUGGCGCUCGGCUUACUGGAGCUGGGUGGGGUGGAUGCAUUGUUGCACUGACCACAGAAGACAAUGCAGACAAAUUCAUUGCUACUGUCAAGGAGCAGUUCUACGCCAACAACCCCGAUGCUGUAGGCCAGAAUAUUAAAAAUCUCAUCUUCGCCACUCAGCCUGGUCAGGGGGUUCAGAUCUACAGCCCUCAUGCUGAUUUCAUUGUUAACUAGUCAGUUAUUGAUAUGAAUCCAGUGCCUUACAGUAAAUAGCUACUUAAUUGUGCCAAAGUAUAGCAAAACGAAUGCACACGUGGCAUAUGCUGUUUGGUCCCGUAUGAGGGUGCAUGUCGGUUGUUGUAAGCUAAUACUGAGAAGUGAUAUAUUGACAGAAGUAUUGUGACAUGUAGUGGAGAUUUUUGAGCUUUGUUAUCCCAAGAGUAUCUUUACAAAUUUAGUUCUGGACGUUGGCAACACGUUGAUCUAUCUUACUUGUAAUAGUUUGGUGCCAAAUAUGCAAGUACCACCACGAAAUAUGCACUUGAGUGUGGUCGUUAACUGCACGACAUAUGCCAUGUGCUCGAAAAUAGUUCGAUAUUUUAUCCAACUUAAGCUUAUUGACUAACAUUUGUCUGUGAGAUAAAAUCGUGAAUUGAUUAUUUUACAAUUUAGUAAACCCAACUUUUACAUAAAAUUUACAUUUUGGCAGUGAUAAACUAAUUUGUUUAUAAGGACGUACCAACAAACAAACAUUGUUUCUGAAGCAUAAGAAAGUUAGGAAAUAUUGGUUUAUACAGCCAACUUAUUUACAUUCUAAAGUGGAUUUUUGAGUGAAAUUGUACAUUCCUAAUCAAAUGUAUUGGAGACCAGAAUAAAAAUUAUCUGCCUGCAACCUUUAUCCUAGUAAAAAGAUGGGUCUGUUAAAGAUGGAGAUAUUGGAUUUUCUGUUAUAGCUUCUGUUAUCUGCAUACUUUUUAUUCCUUCGGAUGAGUGUUCCAGUCCAUUGGAAUUACUUUUUCAGUUGACAUUGAAAACAUAUUACUCGAAUAUAGGUAAAUAUGGAUCAGUGGUCAGGUUCUUUUUUAUAUUUGCAAACUGAAUAGCUAAGACUAAUUGGUUUACAAUUUUUAUCCUAAGUACACAUAUGAAUCCUGAAAAUAUAAAUUACGACUGUAAUUUUGAGAUGAUUAGAUUAUUGCAAUUAGUCAUGAUUUAAAUCUUCUUGUCUCCUCUUAGCUUGUCAGGUCUUUUGAACAAUAUUAAAAAUAAUGACUUUAUGCUUCAGAAGUUUUAACAUAAUUAUACAUUUUGACAGCAUUUUCCAAUUCACCAUUGCUUAUUAAUUAUUUUGUAAACUGUACUGCAUUGGCAAUAACAAUUAAUUUGCUAUGCUAAUAAAAAUUGUUUUCUAGAUUUUUCAGUGAAUGUUAGUAAGUUCAACAGGUAUGAUAAUAAAUUAUGGGUAGUACAUAAAUCAAUGCCAUAGACACUCAGAAAUAAUAAUAUUUUGGCACUAUGUGCUAUAUUAUUCUAAACAGGUUCAAAUUUAUUUCAAUCUUUUGAAAGUUUUUUUUUUUUUUUUUUACACACAGAAUUUAUAGUUCAAAUUUCUCUUUCUUUUGUUUUGCUCCUAAAGAAGUAACUAACCACAACUUAGAUAAUACUCUGAUAUAAAAAUGGGUUGUAAGUUAGUAUCCUUUUAAAUAUUCAGAAAAAAACCAUGUGGGUCAUCUCAUUACACUUCUUGAAUAUUUAUUUUGAUAUUUGUAUUUGUAAGGAAAUAUAAAUAUUUUCUAUCAAUAAGAUUGUACCUAGGAUAUGUGCUACAUAGUUCAAUGAGUUCAGUGCCAUCUAAAGACAGUGCUAACAUCAUAAGAGUACUCUCUGUUGUAAAAACAUUGUAUAGCUCUCAGUUGCUGUGAAUGUACAAUCUGUAUUUCUCAAUAAAUAACUGAUAAUUUAACUUAAUGGAAUUACAAAAUUUUACAGAUUGGUAAAAGUAUUUUCCAUCACCAGUUCAGGGAUUAAUGAACUAAUAUGCCUCAUGAAAAUCAAUUUGAUGUUCUUAAAGAUUAAAAUUAUAUAUAUAAAAUACAUCCUACUUCAACUUUAGUAGGUUUUAGUUCCUCCAUAUUUCUAGUUCAGUUCCUCUUUAGACUAAAUCUUGAAAUAUAUAUUUAGUUUGCAUUGAAUUGUUAUUAAAAUGGAAAAUGGGUGCAAACUUUUUAAAGUGUUAAAUUAUGUUAGUUUUAAUGAAUUUUUAAACAUAUUACUUAUAUUGAAUAUAAGUUAUAGUUGAUUGAUAGUGAUUAUGAAGUUAUAGUAUUUUCUUUAUCUUAGCAAACUAUAUAAACAUAUGGUUAUUUUUAUUGCUAUUUUACAAUAAUGAAAUGUUAGUUUGUAAAGUUUGUAAUCUGUAAAAAGAAAGUUAUAUAAAAAUAAUAAAAUAAAUUAUAUUUAAAAAAGUA